UUUGGAGGUUAAUUGUCCCGUCUCAUCUGUACACGCUCAGCAAGUGUGCGUAGGAAAUGUCAAAAACAACUCUAUACGUGGAUGAUAUUUUUCGGUUCCGUUCUUUUUCAGAUCGUAUAGUAAUUUUUCACGAUGAAUGAAGCUGAUAUACCAAUUGAUAUUCAUGCCGGAAAGCUGUUGGAUUGGUUGGUGUCGAGGAGAAUUGUGGAUAAAAAUUGGCACUUGAAUGUGAGAGAUGUCCGCAGCAAAAUAAGCAAUGCCCUCACUGAUAUGCCAGCCCAUGACGGGUUGGUGCAGCUAUUGAAAGGCGCACACAUCAACUACUUCCAUUGCCAGCAGAUCAUCGACAUUCUCAAGACGACGGAAGCGGAUUCGCGUAAUGUAUUUGGUCGAUACGGAAGUCAACGUAUGAAAGACUGGCAGGAGAUAGUAAAGCUGUACGAGAAGGAUUGCUUGUACCUUGCCGAGGCUGCUCAAAUCCUAGUACGGAAUAUAAAUUUUGAAAUUCCAGGCACUCGCAAGCAGAUCAAAAGCUUUGAGCAGCUUGGCGAAGAAUCAGACAAAAAAAUUGUAGAUUUGGAACGAUCAGAAAUCGUCAUCUUAGGAGAAUAUCAAAGCUUGUGCAAACAACUUGGAAUCUUAGGAGAAAACGUUCGUAAAGAAUUGGUGGAAAAAGUCGGAGAAUUACCAGAAAUGUACCGCACAAUUGCUACCUCGGUUCCUCCUCUGAAGAAAGCUUUGAAGCUUUAUGGAGCAUUUCUGUCUAACGAUGCAUGUCUACCAAUUCUAAGACACGUAAGCUCGGCUGGAAAUACAACAGUCUAUGAGUUUCUGUAUUCCGAGCCACCUCUCUCGAUCGAAGAACCUCCAGUUAAGUUCAGCUUAAAGGACACGUCGGAAGAAAACUCUGGAGGAAUUGAUUUCGGAAAUGAUGGUGCAAUAGAUUUUGGCGAAGCAGAAAUAGAUUUUGGCGCCGACACGGGUGAAAUAAACUUGGAAGUAGGGGACAUAGACUGGGGAGCAGGCGAAGAUGUUCCAGCUGGAAACGGAAACGAAAUCGAUUUCAAUAUUUCUUUGGAAGAAAGUGGGAUAGUGGUAGAGGGCGAUGGAAAUGCUGGAGGAGUGGCGAAGGGGGAUGAGGCGUAUACUAUUUUCGAUUCGCCUUCGUAUCGGGACAAAUUUUUAAACGAGCUGUUGGAGUUGGAAGCUUUUCUCAAAAUGAGAUUGUACGAACUGAGCACAUCGGACAAAGUAGAAAUUUUGUCUUUAACAAUGAUGGAUAAUUUUCCUGAUCACGAUAGCAAAAGCUUAACGGAGAUGCUCUCGUUUGUGGACGUUGUCUAUAGCAGAAUUAACAGCCAGCAAAUUCAACACUUGCAUCAAAUCAAACAUUCGCCUAAAUUCGUCGAUAUCCUCACAUCCAAACUAAAACAGAAGCUUAUUGCCGUUGAUAAGCUCAAGGAGACGGUCAAGCUUACCAAACAGAAGGCCAUCAGCUUUCGGCAGCAGGGAGUAGAUCUGAAACCCACUCUGGCUCGGAUCAUUGAACAAACGAAGAUCCUGCAACAGCAAAUCGAGAAGGACAUUUCCAAACGGUAUAAAAACCGAAUUGUUAACCUAAUGGGCUCUAACCUAUGAGAAGCGUUUCUUUUAAAUUGAAAACAAUAUUGUGCUUCGUGUAAAUGCAAACUAUGAGUUUAUUCUUCGCAUUUUGUUUAUUUUCGAUUACUAUUAUAGUUGUAUAUUUUGCGGAUGAUAGGUUUAUUUUUGUAGCCAAUAAAAGAAUGUGAACGUU